AAAAGAACAAAACAUCACUUGCAACAAAACCAUAGUAGCUCCAAAGAGAGAUAUAAUAACUUUCUUGGCCUAACAUGUCGUCUUCAAUGGCGCCAUCUUCACUUGUAAGUAAUGUGUCAGCUUAUAGCCAACAAGCAAGAACUUCAAACCCAUUGGCAUGGAGUGAUGAUAAGAUCCUUGAAACCGUUUACCUAACUCACGUCCACACCGGUGAAAGGUACGAUGUGGAAUCGCUUUUCAAUCUCACUUCAAACAUUCUCAAGCGUUCCACUGCAGUCGCGGAUAGUGUUGCAUCCAAGACUGGGACUCCUGUAGGUCUUGUAGAAGACAGACUUCCCUUAUCUGGUUAUGAGCCUCCUAUCCGUAAACUGAAGCAUAUUUCUGCCCAGAUGAUGAGCACACUUCCUGGUGAGCACCAUGCUCACAUGACAACAAUGUCAAUCCUUGAUCAGCUGAAAUCCCAUACAUGGGAUGGAAAAGCAAUCUUUGCACUAGCUGCAUUUUCAUUGGAAUAUGGAAAUUUCUGGCACCUAGUUCAAACACCAAGUGGUGAUACACUUGGAAGAUCAUUAGCAACAAUGAACCGUGUUCAAAGUGUCGAUAAGAAUAGACAAGCCAUUGCUGAUUACAACAGUUUGGUGAAGAAUCUGUUGUUUGCUGUUGAGUGUAUUACUGAGUUGGAAAAGCUUUCAACAAAAGGGUAUGAACAUAAAGAUGUUCCUGCUUUGUCUGAAGCUAUGCAAGAGAUUCCUGUUGCUGUUUAUUGGGCUAUCAUUACUGCUAUUAUUUGUGCUAAUCAUCUUGAUCUUCUUUUCGGUGAUUCGGAUGAUAGGUAUGAAUUAUCAAGUUAUGAUGUCAAGCUUGCUUCCAUUGUAAGCAAAUUAAAGGCUCAUCUUACAAGGAGCAGAAAGCAUAUAGGUGAGCUAGAAGAUUACUGGAGACGUAAGAGGGUUCUUCAAACUCCAACAGAAAUUGUUGAGGUUUUGAAGGUUCUAGUCUUCCACAAUGAAAUUCAGGACCCCCUUGUGUUUGAUGGCUUGAACAGACAAAUGGUUAGCAUCGAAGUGUUUAGGAAGAAGCAUGUAUUGGUAUUCAUUUCAGGCCUAGACAGCAUCAGAGACGAGAUUCGUCUUCUACAAUCCAUCUAUGUUGGACUACAAGAAGAACCAAGAGAACUAAAAGGAUACAGAAAAGAAGAUUUCAAGAUCUUGUGGAUCCCAAUUGUGGAUGAUUGGACCCUACUUCACAAAGCUGAAUUUGAUAAUUUGAAGCUAGAAAUGCCAUGGUAUGUGGUUGAGUACUUCUAUCCCUUGGCUGGAAUAAGGUUGAUAAGAGAAGACUUGAGCUACAAGAAUAAGCCAAUUCUACCUGUUCUGAAUCCUCUAGGUAGGAUUGUGAACCAUAAUGCAAUGCAUAUGAUUUUUGUUUGGGGAAUAGAUGCCUUCCCUUUUCGUCCCACAGAUGAUGAGUCACUUACUCAAAAAUGGAACUGGUUUUGGGCUGAAAUGAAGAAGGUUUAUCCUAGACUCCAAGACCUUAUUAAAGGGGACACGUUCAUCUUCAUAUAUGGAGGAACAGACCCAAAAUGGACACAGGACUUUGCACUAGCAAUAGAGAAAAUCAAAAGGCACGAAAUCACCCGAAAAGCUGAUGCAGUCAUAGAGCACUUCCACUUCGGAAAGGAAGACAAAAGAAUCGUUCCUCGUUUCUGGAUAGGCAUAGAAAGCUUAUUUGCAAACAUGAUUCAAAAGAAACACAAAGAUCCAACCAUAGACGAAAUCAAAAGCUUGCUUUGUCUCAAACAAGACCAGCCUGGUUGGGUUCUGUUAAGCAAAGGACCAAAUGUGAAACUGCUCGGCCGCGGCGAUCAAAUGUAUGCAACUGCUGUUGAUUUUGAGAUAUGGAAAGAGAAAGUGCUUGAGAAAGCUGGUUUUGAUGUUGCUUUUAAGGAGUAUUAUGAAAGGAAGAGAAGAGAAUAUCCUGUUGCUUGUGCUAAUAUGCAGUUGGCUAAUUACCCUUCUGAUAUUCUUGAUCCUAUUUACUGUCCUGAUUCAAACUGUGGAAGAUCAAUGGAGAUUGCUUCUGUUAGCUACAAGUGUUGCCAUGGUCAUACUCACGAGAAUGCUGAAGUUGCUCCUGCUGAGAGUGGUGGUUUUGUUCAGAUUGAGAAAAGGUCUUGAUGUGUUUGUUUGGUUGGUUUCUGGAAUCAUUUGUUGAAUGUUUUGUUUUAUGAUGAUUUGUGUGUCAUGUUUUGUUGUUUUUUUCAUUGGUUUGUUUAUGUUGGUUAUGUAACAGAUGUGAUCUAAGCCUUUUGUGUGCCCUUGAAUGGGUUGUUUUAAAUAAUGGCUUCAAAUGUCUGUUUUGUCUUGAUGAAUUAAUGAAAUUUUCUUGUCUUAUUA